AUGCCACAGCGGAUAAAAAUGCUGAGCUUGUCAGCUGGAAAGUUGACAACACAGGUUCGAGAUCUAAUGCCAUGCAACAGGGUGAACUCCCGCUACUUACCCCAGCUCCUAUCCACCUGGCAGUUUCAAAAACAUGCAAAUGCAAAUAAUGCUGAUUCUUUUCUUCCUGCAGGUGCAGCUAGUAGCAGCUCUGAGUGUUCCUGUGGCCGCAACCAUUUCACCUGCGCUGUUAGUGCUUUUGGCGAAUGCACUUGUAUCCCUGCUCAGUGGCAGUGUGAUGGCGACAAUGACUGUGGAGAUCAUAGUGACGAAGAUGGUUGUAUGCUGCCUACUUGUUCAUCCCUGGAUUUUCACUGCGACAAUGGCAAAUGUAUCCGUCGCUCAUGGGUCUGUGAUGGAGACAAUGAUUGUGAGGAUGAUUCUGAUGAGCAGGAUUGCCCUCCCCGGGAAUGUGAGGAAGAUGAGUUCUCGUGUCAGAAUGGAUACUGCAUACGCAGUCUGUGGCACUGCGAUGGUGACAAUGACUGUGGAGACAACAGUGACGAGCAAUGUGAUAUGAGGAAGUGUUCCGACAAAGAGUUUCGCUGCAGUGAUGGCAGCUGCAUAGCUGAGCACUGGUUCUGUGAUGGUGAUACUGACUGCAAGGAUGGGUCCGAUGAAGAGAACUGCCCAUCAGAUGUUCCCGCAGCAACAUGUAGCCUGGAGGAAUUCCAGUGUGCCUAUGGGCGUUGUAUCCUGGACAUUUACCACUGUGAUGGGGAUGAUGACUGUGGGGACUGGUCUGAUGAAUCUGAUUGUUCCUCUCACCAGCCUUGCCGCUCUGGAGAGUUCAUGUGCAACAGUGGCUUGUGCAUUAAUGCUGGCUGGAGGUGUGAUGGUGAUUUUGACUGCGAUGACCAGUCGGAUGAGAAAAACUGCACUACCUCUAUGUGCACAGCUGACCAGUUCCGAUGUAAAUCUGGCCGCUGCGUCCGGCUGUCUUGGCGCUGUGAUGGGGAAGGGGACUGCUCUGAUUACAGUGAUGAAGAAGACUGUGAGGACUCAGGAAUCCCACAAUGUUCCCCUGACCAAUUUCUAUGUGGAAAUGGGCGCUGCAUUGGCCAACGGAAGCUGUGUAAUGGUGCCAAUGAUUGUGGAGAUGGCAGUGAUGAGAGCCCUGCCCAAAACUGCCGUCCUCGAACUGGAGAGGAAAAUUGUAAUGUCAAUAAUGGGGACUGUGCCCAGAAAUGCCAGAUGAUUCGUGGAAUGGUUCAGUGUACCUGUCAUACAGGUUACAGGCUUCUGGAGGAUGGUAGAUCAUGUCAUGAUGUGAACGAAUGUGCAGAGGAAGGUUAUUGCAGUCAGGGGUGCACCAACAGUGAGGGCGGUUUCCAGUGCUGGUGUGAACAAGGCUAUGAGCUUCGCCCAGACAAGCGUAGCUGCAAAGCCCUGGGGCCAGAACCUGUGCUGCUUUUUGCCAAUCGGAUUGAUAUCCGGCAGGUCUUACCCCACCGCUCCGAGUACACUUUGCUUCUGAACAACCUCGAAAAUGCUAUUGCACUGGACUUCCACCAUAGCAAGGAAUUAGUAUUCUGGUCUGAUGUCACACUGGACCGCAUUAUGAGGGCCAAUCUAAAUGGUAGCAAUGUGGAGGAAGUGGUGUCUACCGGAUUGGAAAGUCCAGGUGGGCUAGCCAUUGACUGGAUCCAUGACAAGUUAUACUGGACAGAUUCUGGGACAUCUCGCAUUGAAGUGGCAAAUUUGGAUGGAAUGCAUCGGAAGGUGCUUCUUUGGAAGAAUCUAGAAAAACCUCGUGCAAUUGCUCUUCACCCUAUGGAAGGUACCAUCUACUGGACAGAUUGGGGAAACACUCCUCGUAUUGAAUACUCUAACAUGGAUGGUUCCAAUCGGCGCGUUAUUGCUGACACUCAUCUUUUUUGGCCAAAUGGGCUAACUAUUGACUAUGCAGGACAUCGGAUGUACUGGGUAGAUGCCAAGCAUCAUGUUAUUGAGAGGGCUGAUUUGGAUGGAAAGAACAGGAAGGCUGUUAUUAGUCAAGGCCUUCCACAUCCAUUUGCUAUCACCGUAUUUGAAGAUAGCCUGUACUGGACAGAUUGGCAUACCAAGAGUAUUAACAGUGCCAACAAAUUUACUGGAAAAAAUCAGGAGAUCAUCCGUAACAAGCUUCAUUUCCCCAUGGAUAUCCAUACUUUGCAUCCCCAACGCCAACCAGCAGCAGGGAGAAAUCGCUGUGGAACCAACAAUGGUGGCUGUACUCAUCUCUGUUUACCAAAUAACAAGGGCUAUACCUGUGCAUGCCCCACAGGUUUUCGGAAGACUAGCAGCCAUACUUGUGCCCAGAGUCUUGACAAGUUCCUGCUUUUUGCCCGAAGGAUGGACAUCCGUCGUAUCAGCUUCGACACAGAAGAUUUGUCUGAUGUUGUCAUCCCCUUGGCAGAUGUGCGCAGUGCUGUGGCUCUGGACUGGGAUGCGCAGGGUGACUAUGUCUACUGGACAGAUGUUAGCACUGAUUCCAUUAGUCGGGCAAAAUGGAAUGGAACAGGCCAGGAGAUUGUGGUGGAGAGCAGUCUUGAAAGCCCAGCUGGUCUUGCUGUUGAUUGGGUCACAAACAAGUUGUACUGGACAGAUGCAGGAACAGACCGGAUAGAGGUAUCUAACAUAGAUGGGACAAUGAGAACUGUUCUAAUAUGGGAAAACCUAGACAGACCAAGAGAUAUUGUGGUGGACCCUGUUGGAGGGUUCAUGUACUGGACUGACUGGGGAGCUAAUCCAAAGAUUGAGCGUGCAGGAAUGGAUGCCUCUAAUCGCCUGGUGAUCAUCUCUUCCAACCUGACCUGGCCCAAUGGACUGGCUAUUGACUAUGAGUCUCAGCGCUUAUACUGGGCAGAUGCUGGCAUGAAGACAAUUGAAUAUGCUGGCCUGGAUGGCAGUGAUAGGAAGAUAUUGAUCGGGAGCAAUUUGCCUCACCCAUUUGGGCUCACUCUUUAUGGAGCUCGGAUCUACUGGACAGACUGGCAGACGAAAAGCAUCCAGAGUGCUGACAAAAGAACAGGGCUGGAUCGUGAGUCUCUACAGGACAACCUAGAAAACCUUAUGGACAUCCAUGUCUUUCAUCGGCAGAGACUUGCAGUACAUACACCAUGCCACAUUAAUAAUGGUGGAUGCAGUCAUCUUUGUCUCUUGGCUCCACUUCCUAAAGGCUACAGCUGUUCUUGCCCUACUGGUAUCAACCUACAACCGGAUGGCAGAACAUGUUUAUCGGGAAUGUCUGCUUUCCUGAUCUUUGCAAGAAGAUCAGAUAUUCGUCUGGUUUCACUUGAUAUUCCAUAUUUUGCUGAUGUAGUUGUCUCAGUCAACGUCACUAUGAAAAACACCAUCGCCAUUGGAGUUGAUCCUGAAGAAGGAAAGGUUUAUUGGUCAGACAGCACACUGAGGAAGAUCAGCAGAGCUUCAUUGGAUGGGUCUCAGUAUGAGGAUAUCAUUAGUACAGGGUUGCAAACCACAGAUGGAUUAGCUGUGGAUGCUAUUGGCCGCAAAGUAUAUUGGACUGAUACGGGAACAAACAGAAUUGAAGUGGCUAACCUGGAUGGGACAAUGAGAAAAGUUUUAAUAUGGGAAAAUCUGGACAGCCCACGGGCAAUUGCAUUAUAUCAUGAAACAGGGUAUAUGUAUUGGACAGACUGGGGUGAAAAUGCUAAACUGGAACGAGCAGGGAUGGAUGGCUCUAACCGCAUGGUGCUUAUUAGCAACAACCUGGGAUGGCCUAAUGGUCUGGCUGUGGAUAAAGCUGGAUCACAACUAUUUUGGGCUGAUGCACAUACUGAGCGUAUUGAGGCUUCAGAUCUAAAUGGUGUAAACCGCCACACCCUGCUCUCCCCAGUGCAGCACCCUUAUGGCUUGACUUUAUUAGACUCUUACAUCUAUUGGACCGAUUGGCAAACAAGAAGCAUUCACCGAGCUGAUAAGAACACUGGUGCUAAUGUCAUCUUGGUGAGAACAAAUCUUCCUGGAUUAAUGGACAUCCAGGCCAUUGACAAAGGGAGGCCUCUUGGUACUAACAAAUGUGGCAAGAAAAAUGGAGGUUGCUCCCAUCUUUGCCUCCCAAACCCUGAAGGCUUCUCAUGUGCCUGCCCUACUGGAAUUCAACUGAAGAUUGAUGAAAGAUCUUGCGACCCUUCUCCUGAAACCUACCUGCUCUUCUCUAGCCGGGGCUCCAUCAGGAGAAUCUCACUAGAUACUAGUGAUCACAUUGAUGUUUAUGUCCCUGUUCCAGAGCUGAACAAUGUUAUCUCCUUGGACUAUGACAGUGUAGAUGGCAAGGUUUACUACACAGAUGUCAUAUUAGAUGUUAUCAGACGAGCAGAUCUAGAUGGAAGUAAUAUGGAAACUAUUAUUGGCCAAGGACUAAAGAGAACUGAUGGUUUGUCUGUGGACUGGGUAGCUCGAAAUCUAUAUUGGACAGACACUGGCCGCAACACAAUUGAAGUUGCAAGAUUGGAUGGAAGCUGCAGGAAAGUGCUGAUAAAUAACAGUCUGGAUGAACCACGGGCAAUUGCUGUCUUUCCUAGAAAAGGAUACCUCUUCUGGACUGACUGGGGACAUAUUGCUAAAAUUGAGCGUGCGAACCUGGAUGGUUCUGAACGAAAGAUAUUGAUCAAUACUGAUUUAGGCUGGCCCAAUGGACUGACUUUAGAUUAUGACAUCAGAAGGAUUUAUUGGGUAGAUGCUCAUCUAGACCGCAUAGAAAGUGCUGAUCUUAAUGGGAAAUUACGCCAAGUAUUGAUCAGUCAAGUGUCACAUCCCUUCGCCUUGACACAGCAGGAUAGGUGGCUGUAUUGGACAGACUGGCAAACAAAAUCUAUUCAGCGUGUGGACAAAUACUCUGGUCGUAAUAAGGAGACUGUGUUAGCCAAUGUAGAAGGACUUAUGGAUAUUAUUGUGGUUUCUCCUCAAAGGCAAACAGGAACAAACAUUUGUGGAGUGAAUAAUGGAGGCUGUACCCAUCUCUGCUUUGCCAGGCCUUCUGACUUUGUUUGUGCAUGUCCCGAUGAACCAGAUGGACGGCCUUGCUCUCAUGCUCCUAGCAUGGGGCCUCCAAAUCCUGAGACAACUCAUACAAGCAAAAGGAGCCAGACUUCUACUGACAGAUUUAAAACUCCAACAACCAAGCCACAUAUUUCUGUGGAAACAAUAGAAGGAAACUGCUCUGACAAGAAAGUUGGUCAAGGUUUGUGCAACCGAGCAAAUGAAGCAAUAUUGGCAACUGCAGGAGAAGGGCUACAUGUCAGUUACAUCACUGGAGGUCUUCUCAGUAUACUGAGUAUUCUGCUGCUGAUUGGUGCUGUGAUUAUAUACAGGCAUAAGAAGUCCAAAUUCACAGAUCCUAAUCUAAGUAAUCUGACCUACAGUAAUCCCUCUUAUCGAACAUCUACCCAAGAAGUGAAGAUUGAAACAAUUCCCAAGCCAGCCAUAUAUAAUCAGCUCUGCUUUAAGAAAGAGAUUGGUCCUGAUCACAGUUACACCAAGGACAAGAUCAAGAUUGUUGAAGGAAUAUGCCUCUUGUCCAAUGAUGAAUCUGAAUGGGAUGAUCUUAAACAGAUAAGAAGCUCUCGGGGAUGUAUUCUCCGUGACCAUGUAUGCAUGAAGACUGACACAGUCUCUAUCCAAGCCAGCUCUGGCUCACUGGGUGACACUGAAACUGAGCAACUGUUGAAAGAGGAGCAGUCAGAAUGCAGCAGCAUUACUGCAGCCACUACUCCUGAAUGUCAUGGCUCCCUUCCAGACACAGGCUGGGAGCACCAGCGCAAACCUUCAACAGAAAGUGAAGUCUAAAGAAUAUGCAGAGACUUGUCCCUCCUACUGUCAUCCUUCACAUUGAUGAAAUAGGAUCUUGCCUUCUAUUCAGUGAAAAAGUCAGAGACUAGUCACUUGAUCAUGGAGUCCAGAGACUUCCUUUGCAGAAGCAUUUGAGCUGGACUGUGCCUUUGAGGCAGAUGGAACACAGCUAAGGGACCCUUUUCACUCACUGCUAGAUCAUGUUUAUUUAUAUGUCCCUUCAUCCUAGACGCUGUGGUAUUGAAUCUAGUAGCAGUUUCUUUUUCACUUGAAUCUGAUGCAGCUUUCAUCUGGGCUUGUGCAUAAGCUGGUCAAAGAUUCCAAAUCUUCAGUGGCCAGUAUUAUGAAUUUAGCCAUUAUUGAUACCUGUUACCUUUUCUCAAGAGGGUAUUGGCACUAACUGGAUUUUGCACUGUACUCCUUCUGUUUUAAGAGGAAAGGGUUAGGGCCAACUGAACUGCCUUGAAGUGAGCAAAGGGAUACAAGAACAGGUCACUUUCACAGGUUCUGUACAGGGAGAGCAAAUACAUCUACAACUUAAUUGCAAGGGGCAAUAAAACAUCACUACCAUUUUUACAAAAUGGGGAACCACUGCUGCGUCUAAUGUAGGGUAUGAGGAAUUUAAGAGGGUAAAGUCUUAGUCUGUUGCUGGCAACAGUCAUUGGUCCUGUGACAUCCAUCAUAAUACCCUUUCUAAAAUAUAGAUAGAACUUUCCUGGAUAGACUGUUUUUUCCCCCCCAUUUUCACUGGCUUCCAUAUAGUUUUGACCUGCAAGGAAGAUAGUUUUGAUCUGGUGCAAUGUUAUUUAAUCAUUCUUAUUGCCUGGUUCACAGGGCCAACUGCUGAAAAACUUUGCUGCUGAAAUAUGUGUGGAACACAAAGGCAGUGUAUUAGGUUUAACUAUCUGGAACAAAAUUGGUUGUAAAAAUCCAGCUCCAAUUUUCUGUUAAAAAAUAGGGGAGUUUUUCUAACUUAUUUUCUGCCAAUCUUUUCUCUUUUGAAAUCCUGGAAGGAAUAAUUUAGCUGCACCUUUUUUCUCAUAUUUGCUGUAUUAGUUGAGCAGACAAAAUGUGUCAAAAAGUGGGUGUGUGCAAUUGAAAAAUAAUGUAUGUGGAUAGGAAAUAAUGUAGUUAAGGUGACAGAUGGCACACUACAAAUAAUUUACUUGUAUAAAAAUCCUUCCCU